GUACACUCUGAUGGUAGAUCGUUACUCUCCCAUAGUGGCCGCUUGUCUCAAAGACAGAUCUACACUGGUGCGUCAACAGGUUUUAGAGUCGCUGACUUCUCUGAUCAAGGAGCAAUACAUAAGAUGGGAAGGACAGGCAAGUUGCAUAAUGUAUCGUUUUGUGUCCACGAUUUUAGACGAAAAUGAAAUAAUUAGUGAUUAUGCAAAGUUCUGUUUGCGUGAUGUUCUGCUGCUGCAGUUCCCUAGCUUAUUCGAGAGUCAUUUCAUUGAAUGUUUGAUGUAUUUUAAUAACGUUCCCAUGGAUUCUGAGAGAGAAGCUACUGUUCCGCUUGACCAAACUCAUAGAGUUUGCCUUCAUGGACUCGAGAAUUUGGAAAAUCGCAUGGCAAUCUACAAGUUCAUGAUAAGCACGUUUGAUGAUCCGCGAAAAUUCACCCUCAUGGCUCAGAUCUGUACUCAAAUUUUUUGUCCGCUCAUGAACGGCAAGAUAAAGUACGAAGACCAUCCCGUGCAGGAACUUGUAAAAGACGCUUUGAUGGUGUUGUCUUUGAAAGAAAUCAAACUAAGCAUGGAUGUGGGUAGAACUCCAGAUGACGAAGAGGAACCACCAACAGCUGUUGUCGUGAGUUUCAGACUAGUAGUACUACCAGUCAUUUUCAUCAUAUCGAGAAUGCAGGCUGCGGCGAAAGACAUAAUUGUCAGCGCAUUUCGCAAAGCGAUGCUUGAUUACGUUAUGCCAACACUUCUCGAUCUACGCAUGUACCUCAAUGAACGACGCUCUGGACUACGAAAAUAUCUUUAUGCUGUUUUUCGGCAAGUUUGUGCACCGUUCGCUUUGUUUGAUUAUCAACUUUUUCUCAGCGUUAUCUGCCGUGAACAUAAGGAACAAAUCGACGCUUUCUUGGAUGGAGAUCAACAGCUGAAGGCAGAAGUCGAGUACGAUAUCAGGAAAUAUGAGGUGGUGCACUGUUUGUGUCCGUAGAC